GCUCCUGGUCGGGGAAUCGAAAACCUGUCAAGCGGGUUUGGCCAAAAUUAUGUCUUGUUCCCAAGCAAGUUCACAGGGCUGGCUUCUAUCUCUCAGGCGGGAGCCUUCCGGAUUCAGCGGAGGUCCCCGGAGGUCGAUGAGGACCAGGGGCCAGGCUGGAAGCAGAGGGGCAGUAGAGGCUGAGCGGCCGUCCCUGAAGCUUGAGCACAGAGGGGCCCGGGCCAGGGCUGUGGGGAACCAUGGAGAGCUUCACGGAGUCACUGAACAGGCUGAAAGAUAUCCACGAGAAUGAGGUCAUGGGCCUGCAGAGCAAGCUUCUGGAGCUGAACUCAGAGAGGUGCCGGGACGCCCAGAGGGUGGAGGAGCUCUGCGCCAAGAACCAUCAGCUCAGGGAGCAGCAGAAGGCCCUGAAGGAGAACCUGCGGGUGCUGGAGAACAGGCUGCGGGCUGGCCUGUGCGACCGCUGCAUGGUCACCCAGGAGCUGGCCAGGAAGAAGCAGCAGGAGUUCGAGAACUCCCUCCUCCAGAACCUGCAGCACGUCUUCCUCCUCACCAACGAGCUGACCCGGCUGCAGGAGGAAAACGACACCUUGAAGGAGGAGGUGAAGCAGCUGCGGGACAGGCCCAAGCCCCUGUUCAGGGAGGGCACCUCAGACUCCCCAUCCCCCCUGCUGCUCCCCUCCCUGGGCGCCGGGAAGGCUGUCACUGAGAAGCCACCGGGAAGCCACGAGGAGACAGAGGACGACCAUGCAGAAAGGCCGGCGGGGUACAGGGCGUCUCCAGUGGCCAAAAUCUCUCCAGGUGCCAACCUGCCAGCGCCACGGGCCCCGGACAUGAGCCCCCAGCGCAUCUCCAACCAGCUGCACGGGACCAUCGCCGUGGUGCGGCCGGGAUCCCGGGCCUGCUCCGUUGACCGGGGCUCCACCAACGGGACACCCCCACUGCCACUGACCAGGAGCAGCCCACCCAGCCCACCCUGCGGGCACAGCCUCUCCCUGGACAGCUUCCUGCAAGCCCCUCGGCCCUCUGCCCAGACCCGUGAGUCCUUGCAGCGCCCCCUCCAGGCUGACCGCCUCUGCCUCCUGAGCCGCCGCCUGUCCCUGCACCUCCGGAGCCCCCGACAGCAGCCCCCGGGAUCCCACCGCAGCCCCCUGCGGCCCCAUGCCCCAGGGCCUGAAGGCUGGGGAGCGGAGGCCUGGGAGGAGCCCUGCCGGGCCUGGCUGGGCCUGGCCGGCGCCCUGGUGGGCAUGCGAGACCCGCGGCUGGAGGGUGCACUGCGCCUGCUCCUCGCCCAGCAGCUGCGGGCACGGGGGAGCCCCAGCGGUGCCAGGCGGAGGGGCCUGGCCCCAUGCCGGGGGAGACGCCACCCUCCCCACCAGCAGGCUCUGACUCCGAGGGUCCUGAGGGUGAGAUGGCCGGGGCAGCUGCCCAGAGGACAGCACCCGCAGACCACAGGCCCGGGCAGCCCUGGGGACAAGGAGGUCACAGCCACACAGGACCAUGUCCCAGACACGCCCCUGGACCUCUCAGAGAGGGGCCGGGGCCGGGACGGCGCCCUUCAGCCUGCCAGCCAGCCAGGCUCACUCAGCCCCACAACUGCCCACACUCCCAGCCCGGAGCCACCCCAGGGAGCAGAGCCACCUGCCCAGCCUGGAGCCCAGGGACUCAGCAACGGCACCAAGGGGCCCAGAAAGCCAGAGGAGGAGGUGCCCCCGACUUCCGAGGACCCCCCACAUCCUCUCCCAGAGCAGCCCCCAGGCCUGCCCUCUCCAAAUGGAACGGGAAAUGAGGCCAGAGGGAGGCCAAAACUGCCCUCCUGCCCUCAGAAGUCUGAUGGAGACAGCCACCCAGAGCUCAGCAGAGCCGAGGUACAGCGGAUGGAGAGGGACCAGCUGGACGAGCCAAACACCUCGGACAGUGAGGGGGGCCUGAGCUCCGAGGCAGGGGCCACAUUGAGCACACCAGGGAACAGGUGCUUCUGUGCCAAGGAGCAUGCGCGUGGCCUGCAGCAGAAGAGGAAGCGGGCCUUGGACUCAGACCCGGACCCAGACCCGUGGAGAAAAGGGGGCUGGGGGCUGCUCACGUUUACCCAGGGUGGUGCCUGGAGGCUCCUCCCAGGCCAGCGGGAGCCAGGGGUCCCGGCCCAGGAUAUCGGGAUGCCCUUCCACUUCCUACUCUGGCCACAACGCCUCCAAGAAGCCGUCCUGAGGAAGAAGGAACCUAGGGGAGCCAGGAGCCCGAGGGAUCCCGAGGACAGCAGCCUCUCACCCAGCAACAGCAGCUGGGAAGAGACCCAGGGGCACCACAGCCUGCCCAGGUGGGCUCCCCACCCACUGCCCGUGGCCAGGACAGGCCACACCACCAGCCCAGCAGUGGGGGAGUAUACUGGGUCCUGUCUCACGUCCAGAAGGGUUGGGAAGCCCAAAGUGGGUGGCCUUUGGCUGGUCUUUCAAAGCUCUCCGUCUCCACCCAUCUCAUAAAUGGCCCUGCUGCCCACCCUUACCCCAGCAUCUGCUCACUUGGUGCUGGUGGAGCGGAGCCCAGACGGCUCAGGCUCCAGCCACAUCCCCGCCCCUGCUGAGCAGAGGCAGCCCUUCCCGGGCAGCUCCCUACUCCUCCGGGCAACACACACUCCGCUGGCUUCCCGGACCCCCAGGGCCCUGCGUGCCUGGCCGCCCAUCCCUGGCAGGCAUGGAGCUCUGAGGGGUAGUCUCGGGCGCCCCCUCAUGGAGUCCCAGAGGCAGGCACUGGACAGUGAGGGUGCAGGGCCUUCUGCAGAGAGGGGUCGCAGAGAGCCAGAAUAAAGCGUCAAGAAGGAGGGCGUGUGUAGCUGGCAGCUGGCAGGGUCGGGGGUCCACCAGGCCUCUGCCUUCCUGGGCAGGUGACUCAAGAGGCUCUUAAGUGCGUCCAAGGGUGGGUAGGUCACUCCCAUUCUGAAGGGCAGGGCCCAAACCAGUCGCAUUUGCAGACCAUUACAGGGACCAGAGAACACUCGGGGAGGGCUGCAGGGAAUGGAACCCAGAACACGCAGCAGCCUCCACGCAGAGCCCCCUCCUCCCUAACAGCUCUGAGCCCCUGGCCCCACACCUGCCCCUGACUUGUCAGCCCUGCGCGACCACAGCACAGCUUCCACCCUUGGCACUUGGGGAUAUUCUGCUUUAGGAGGGCAGGUCUCAGAGCGCCUCAGUGGGAGGAGCUUAAACAGGUUCCUGGAUCCACUCCAGACUCACUGAAUCAGGAUCCUGGGGUGGGCCUGGGAAUCCGUGUUUUAAGAAGCUUCCAGGGGCAAUUUCCCUGUGGGUGAAGUUUGAGAACUGCCCUUCCGAGGCAAAGGCAGGACACCGGGCAGUAGCUGGGCAAACUGGGGGUGCAGGCCUGACAAAAAGAGCCACUGCUCCCCACCUCACUCCCUGUGGCCCGUCUGCCUGCUGGCCCAAGAGGUCAGAGAGACUAAAUUCCCAAGAGGGAAAUCCAGGGGGAGGGGGGUAUGCAAAGUUCCAAUUGUUAAAGGUUGCUCUGAUUUUUCUGAAAUAAAAUAAAACAAAACCUGUGUGCUCCA